UUUAAAUCUUGUUUCUUGUGAACAUGGGUGUGUCUCUUCACAUUCAGCUGGAAAGAGAAACAAACGGGAAAGAAGUCGGGUUUAAACGCAGCUCUCUCUCUCUGUUUUUUAUUCUCCUGCGAUUUAAAGUGAUCUUACCUUUUUCCACUUGGGCACAGCAAAAAGGCUGAAAAACAUCCCACAACCAAGGAUUUGCUGUCUUGAUUUUAAAAGAUAGUUUUUAAAAAUGGCAGAAAGCCUGCAGACACUUAUUGCAUCCAAGAAGGAUGUGGUGGAAAAUGUGAUGGAAAUAUUUGAGCAGGGAGCAGAGGUGUUGGCCAGCAUCGUUGGAGAUCUGUUCCCCGUCUUCUCCAUCGCUGCUCCCAUUGUGAAGUUGGCACUAGAUAAUGUGGAAAGCAAAGAAGCAGUAUACAUGAAGGAACAGUUUCAGAAGGUCCGUGAGCGUCUGGAGAUUGUAUCAGAGGAGAUCCAGCGCAUAAAUGAUGAGGUGAGAAAAAGCGGCAUGGACGCAGCUUAUUUCUCAGUGGAGGAAAAUAUAACCAACCAGUUUCGCAAGUACAUGGACAUCCUCAAUGCCAAGCCAAAGUUUCGAGAUGCCAAGAAGAAACAGUUCCUGGAGCACUUUAGCAAGUCUGGAGGAGACAAAAACUUGCAUACACUUUACAGUGCUGUGACAGGAGAUAACUUCUCAGGAGAGUCUGUACUGGAGAUCACUCUCAACUAUGAACAAAAGAGCCGACGGGUGGUGGAGGACUUCUGUGCCAGACUGAAGCAGUUGUUCUGUAUAGGUCUUAUCGCUUUGAUGGGACACACGACUCUGAAAGGUGGUGAUGAUGAAGAGCAGCUGCUCAAAGAUUGGGCAGAGAAGAUGAAGGUGGUCCAGUCAAAAAUGAAUGGUGUCAUUGAAGACUGUAUCAACAGCUUCCCAAGUCAGGCUGAGCUCGAUAUCAAGUCCCUGGUGAGGAACCACAGGGACAAAAGCAACCAGCAGCUAGCCAACAUGAUCAUUGAGAACUUGAAAAAGAAGUAUGACUGGGUGAGCUGGUCAGUCCGUGUCUUUAACUCACCCAAGGGCUUGUUCAUCAGCAAGAAGGACUUCCACUGUGCCACAGGAAAGAGCAGGUUUCAGGUGCCUUCACCAGAUGAUAAUUUGAAUGUCGUGGUAUCCUAUAGUGCCUCUCCUGAACCUAUAGACAAAGCUCAGAUCCAGCAGUUGGUCAAUGACCAGAAGAAAGUCACAGUUCCAGGGAUUGCAGAGCUUGUCUUUGAGAAGAACCCUAAGUAUGUGGUCCAUGCUGUCAAGACGUCAUGUAAAGAAAUGGCUUACUUCUGGAGCUUUCAGGAUGAGUUUCACUUCUUUCAGAUAUUCAAGAACUUUUACUUGUUUGUUCAUUCUUCUUAAGACACAGACCACAGUUAAGAAGCACAAACAUGGGACAAAUUUCUAGUCGAGUCUAAACAUCUUUAUUUACCAUAAAAUUCCUGACCAAAAUGUUAAGCCACUAACCAUGUUCUCUUUUAAUGCUGAAGAUUUUUGAAUGCUGUAUACCUGAACACAGAUUCUUUGAACAUCAAUUUUUGUCACUUAUAAACACUGUAAAGUGCCUUUUCACUUGUAUCUCAGUUUUAGCUUUGGAUAAUUCAAUUAUUCCACGAAAUCACGUCGUACAUGAGCUGAGAGCCGAUGAGGCACGUAGCACCGAGUUGGCUAUAAGCCGUAUACGACGAGAUUGAGUGGAAUAAUUGUUUUAUUCUAUCCACAUUCACUGGAUUUUAAGGAAUAGAGCAUUUUUUAUUUUUUGCAAAUUCGAUAAAUAAAAACUUUAUACAAAACGUCUAACAAAAUCAUUUCUGCUUAGAAUGUAAACAAACCGGUGAACUGACAGUAGCAAUUUGUGAAAAAUGCUAUUAUAAUAAGUCUUGAAAAAUAAAGACGUUCUUACCAUGAAAUACUUUCAUUCCAUAUUUUGUUGUUUGGGGGUAGGUUUGUAUUUCUGGGGGUUUUGUUUUUAAGUAGAGUUUUUAUUUCAUCUUCGGUUGGUUCAGUAACACGCUCCGCCAUUUUGUAGUUCUUCUUUAGGAUUUUAUUGGUGGUUGGCAAACCAACUUAAAGGUGCAUUACUGCCACUGACUUGGCUGGAGUGUGUAACAGGAGAUAUUUUUUGGGGAGGAACUAUAUUAGCUAUUUCUGUUUCUUUGAAAUACUUGAUGAUAAAGUGAUUUAUUUUUUUCACGGUCCAGAUCCUGCGCUCUUAUUGGCUGGCGAGCGGAUCCGUAUCCUACGGUACGGACCCCAGUUACGGACCUCUGGCGACACAAGAAGAAGAAACAUAGUAGCAUUUUUUGUCAACGUUUAUCUUUUUUUAUAAGAUUUAUUUAUAAGAUUAUCAAAAAUCUUAUACAUUUUUGCCAGCAUUUCUCAGGAGAAUAGCAUUAAUUUUACAGCAUGGAUAGCAAUAACGACAGUCUUCACAGCGAAAGUGAGUUUUACUACCCUGAGGAAGACAAAAUAAAAUAAAACAUUUCAGGAGAAAGCUAAAAACCUCAAACUUGAUAACGCCAAGCAAAAACAUGGCUGAAUCCUGAAUGACUCCUAUUUGUAUAAAUAGGGGACUACAGUACAUAGGUGGCAAAAUGUAGUUUUUUUUUCCUGCCAUGGAAGUGCACUUGUAUACCGAGGAGGAAGCCAUUUGCAUUACAGCCGUGAAUGAGGAUUCAAAAUGGCGGCUGGGCUCGGCUCGGUUUUCCCUUUCGGGCGCUCUCGUUUUCUGUUAGAAUUUGGUAAAGAAAAAAAAUAUUAUUUAUUAGCUUGGCGGCACGGUGGUGUAGUGGUUAGCGCUGUCGCCUCACAGCAAGAAGGUCCUGGGUUCGAACCCCGGGUCCGGCGAGGGCCUUUCUGUGUGGAGUUUGCAUGUUCUCCCCGUGUCCGCGUGGGUUUCCUCCGGGUGCUCCGGUUUCCCCCACAGUC